UGGCAUAAGGCCUUGCCCGCCACAUCCUGUGCUCCUCGCCAGCUGGCCACGCCGCACCUCCCGCCCAAAUCUGUACCAGGCCCUCUCCGCACACGGACCUGCUCUGCCUCGGUGAGUCCCGGCACAGGAGGGCGAUGGAGGCCGGGGGUACAGGUGGGGGGCAACAGGACCCAUGGAUCCUGCCUCGCAGGUCUGUGUCUGAGCUGGAGAAUCAGCACCCAGAUGCGUGAGUCCUCCCUUCACCACCCCAGGGUUGCCCUCCAGGUCCCCAGGAAGUCAACACCACUGGGAAAACUGGGAGUGGGCUUGGCUGUGGCUGGUGGGAGGGGGGUGCUGGGGCAGGGUCCUUCCGGAAGCUCAGGUUCCAAUUCCCUUCCAGAGGCACUGACCACACCCAGCAUCUGGGCCGAGCCCGACUCCAGGAUUCCAGAGGGGAAGCCAGCAGCCAUCUGGUGCCAGGGGCCCCCCGGCGCCGAGGAGUACCAGCUGCUUUCUGAGGGGGGCCUCUCUGCCUGGGGGAGACCUGAGUGAGGGGCGGACUCUGGUUCCCCAUCAUGGCCAUGACCUCGCACACUGCAGGGCGCUACCGCUGCUUCUGUCGCAACGGGGAGCUCUGGUCGGAGCCCAGCGAGCCCCUGGAUCUGUGUCACCGGCGGCCCAGCCACGCACAGGGCAGCCCACGGGGCGUGCCAGCGGAGUUCCCCGUGGGCCCUGUGACCUCGGCACACACAUGCACGUACAGGUGUUUUGGCGCCUAUACGGCCAUGUGUGGUCCUUUCCCCAGUGAGCCCGGAGCUCCUGGUCCAGAUGUGGGAGACCCCAGCCUGGAACCCACAGACCCCGCCCCUGAUCCCGUUUUAGAAGCCCCCUGGUAUCGCACACAAGGAGGGCUGGUGACCUGGAAGGGGGACCCUGGAGGGAGGAAGGUCUGGGAGGUGAGGGGAGAGGAGCGGGUGGGUGCAGUGCUGCAUCCCAUCAGCGGCCCCUCUGCUCCAGCCCCAGCCGCCUGGGAUCACACCGCCCAGAACCUCCUGCGGAUCGGCCUGGCUGUCCUGGUCCUGGUGGCUCUGACGUGGCUCCUGGCUGAAGACUGGCUCUGCAGGUGGAGGACCCGGGAGGGAGCCGGCCGUGCCCAGGCCGGCAUGGACUGCGACGUCUGUGCUGUGCCGCAGAGCGGGGUCACCUGCACGGAUUGGGGGGUGGGGGUGAAGUGACAGCCUGCUGAGGCAGAUCCGCUCUUUGGCGUGUGCACCUGCUCAGCCACCGCUGCCCCACCCUGGUCUCCCCUGACAAAGCAAACAGCCCUGUCCUCCAUAGCAAGGCUGCGGCUGAAACUUCACGCACACUCGCAGCGCAGCUUGGGUUUCCGUGAAGUAUUUGAGGUCACUUCAGGGCUGCUUCCCGUCGUGGGCUUUGUCCUGAUCUCUCCCUCCCUUGGCCUGCGGGGUGCCCCCCACAGUCUCUUUCCUGCCGCU